GUUGGCAUAACUCCCUGAUGAUUGGAUGUCUUUAUAAAACCGACAGAGGUUCAGCUCUGUUGCCUCAUGGUUCAACAGUAAAUAAAGAGGAAGAUCCAGUUUCAGACUGAUGGAAAAUUCAACGUUCAACAGCUUCCUCCUGCAGAUGGAAGGAAUCAGCGUUACAUCGGCUUCAAUGUAUCCUCUCUUUUUCUUCUUUCUUUUCAUCUACCUGUUUAUCGUGAUAUCAAAUGUAGGCAUAAUAAUCCUGGUUAUCAUUGAUAAAAGCCUCCAUCAGCCCAUGUACCUGCUGUUCUGUAACCUGCCUUUUAAUGAUAUUCUUGGUAACUCGUACAUGGUGCCUCGUCUGAUGUUUGAUAUCUUGCAGCCUCCGUCUGAGCGCCUCAUCAGCUACAAUGAGUGCGUUCUUCAGGCUUUCUUCUCUCACGUGUUCGGCACCACUUCCCACACGGUGCUCAUGAUCAUGGCCUUUGACAGAUAUGUUGCUAUCUGUAAUCCUCUACGUUACUCUGCAAUAAUGACCAACAGAAUGGUGAUGAAGCUGACGGUCUCCGCCUGGGGGGUGGCCUUUGUUCUGGUCGGUGUUCUGCUGGGUCUGACUAUACGGCUGAACCGAUGCAGAACUCUCAUCACUAAUCCAUACUGUGACAACGCCUCGUUGUUUAAGCUGUCCUGUGAGAGUGUGGUGAUUAAUAACAUCUACGGCCUGACCUUCACCGUGGUCCUUCUUACGUCCUCAGUCCUCAGCAUUGUCCUCACCUACACUAGGAUCACUUUGGUGUGUUUAACCAAUAGGAACAAAUCUCUGAACAGUAAAGCCCUGAAGACCUGCAGCACUCACCUCUUUGUCUACAUGAUCAUGUUUGUUUGUGGGAAAUUCCACAUCAUUCUGCAUCGUUUCCCUCAGUUUAUAGACUACAGGAAGCUGGUUGCUAUUCUUUUUCAUAUUGUUCCCGGCAGCCUGAACCCCAUCAUCUAUGGAGUUCAGUCAAAUGAGAUCAAGAAAUUCUUCUCAAAGUUGUUCCAGUCCAGAAAGGUUCUGUCUUCAAAAUGAUGGAUAUCCAAACACAGAACAUGGGUC